GCGCACCUUCGGGCGCGCAGCGGUGGCACAGCCUGUGCAUUUUCCUCCUUCUUCACACUCUGCCCAGAAACCUGCCGUUUCUGCUCAUAUUUUCCUGCAUCCGGAUUGUUGGUCGCGAGUCCUCAUAGCUCCUCCUAAUCGGGCUUGGUUUCGUUGGAACCAACUUUUUAGGGGGAAGGACUAAAAGAGGUGUUUUUCAGUUGUUUCGGGUGGUGAGUUUACGUCCUGCAGCAGCAGCCGCAGCAGGAGGAGCGUCUGUGUUCAGUACCAUGGAGAGCGGCGUGGUGCACAUAUUCAAAGAGAACCGCUGUCCCUCGGACCAGCCGGGGGAGUGCGUCCCGAACUUCACCUGGCAGCCCGGCUUAUCGGACAUCUUCAACUACACCCCCAACGGCACCUGGGACGCCGAACCCGAGCCGAUGUCACCCAUCAUCCCCAUCAUAGUCGCCGUGUACUCGGUGGUGUUUGUGGUGGGCUUGGUGGGCAACUGUUUGGUGAUGUAUGUCAUCAUUAGAUACACCAAAAUGAAAACAGCCACCAACAUCUACAUCUUUAACCUGGCUGUGGCAGACGCCUUGGUGACCACCACCAUGCCCUUCCAGAGCACCGACUACCUACUCAGUUCCUGGCCGUUCGGUGAGGUGGCGUGCAAAGUUUUCAUCUCCAUCGACUACUACAACAUGUUCACCAGUAUUUUCACCCUGACCAUGAUGAGCGUGGAUCGCUACAUUGCCGUGUGCCACCCGGUCAAGGCCCUGGAUUUUCGCACCCCCAUGAAGGCAAAGAUCAUCAAUGUGAUCAUCUGGGUGCUGUCCUCAGCUGCUGGGAUUCCUGCCAUGGUGCUCGGCAGCACCAACACCAACAACGGAACCACAGAAUGCGCUUUACAGUUUCCUGAGCCCUACACCUAUUGGGACACCCUGAUGAAGAUAUGCGUUUUCAUCUUCGGCUUUGUGGCACCCCUCAUUAUCAUCACCGUCUGCUACACCUUGAUGGUGCUGCGACUGAAGAGCGUUCGCCUACUGUCAGGCACACGUGAAAAAGAUCGCAACCUUCGUCGGAUCACCCGCCUGGUGCUGGUGGUGGUUGCGGUUUUUGUGGUGUGCUGGACGCCCAUUCAUAUCUUCAUCCUGGUGAAAUCGUUGUCAACCAACGUGCCUGAGACCACCGCUGUCAUGGCUGCCUACUUCUUUUGCGUUGCACUAGGCUACACCAACAGCAGCCUCAACCCUAUCCUUUAUGCUUUCCUGGACGAGAACUUUAAGAGGUGCUUCAGGGACUUCUGCUGCCCUGGAGGGCGAGGUCAUGGUGACUGUCAGGGGGUGAGCAGAGUGAGGAGCACGCUGCGGGAUCACACCUGUGCCACGGAAGGGAGGGGUGAUGGGAGGCAAGCCAGGCCCGUAUGACUAGCCAUGAACAUGUCCUCCAGGCCUUACCAGAGCUGGGAGGACUCUAUUGAUCUAUGUUUGACUCAAAUCACUACUACUAUCUAAGAAGGAUCAAUAUUCCUUAGUGAAUCCCAUGAAAAGAUCAAACCAACAAUGAUUUGACUUUAGUUCACCAAUAUGCUGCACUGCUUUCAAUAGGAGAACGUAUAGCCCCAAAUAUUGUAUAGACAUAGUACUGAACAAACUCUGGUAGUAAAAAUAUUUCUACGUUGUUUCCAGAUAUGAAAUUAUCAGAACGUCAUUUGCAUUUUGAGUGGUAAAAUCCAGUGACUAAAAUAGGCAGUCAGAGAGAAAGAUACACUCUUAAGUCCCUUUUAAAAAUACAAGCGUCCCAAGAAUUUGUCAUGUGUUUUCACUGGCUGCCCAGUUGGUGGCAAUGUAUGGAGCGUCAGGCUAGAGUCUAAUGAAGUGGCUUUUUUGAAUAGUAUCAACUCCCACGCACAUACAAUAAAAUGCCUUUUGAAUUGCUGUCCACUGUAGUGGCCACUUUAAAUGAAGGGCUUACUACAGAUCCCACCCCUUAACUUAAAAAGAUUACAGGGCUUCAAAAAGGCCUAAUUUUGCCUCAAUAUCAAUAUUAUCUUUAAAGUCAUAUGUCAAUGUCUCACGUUGGUUUUGGUCUUUCUAUGAGAUUUAAUUCGUUUUAGCAAACACAUAGUAACUUUAUUAAAAUUCAACUUAGACUACAGGGUUGGAAGUUGGUGAAGUACAAAGAUGCCUUUGGGAUAACACAAUAACAAUGUGUAUAUCUAACUGAUAAAUUUCCUUCUGAGGAAAGUUGAAGCUAGAAAUUAAAUGAUUUGCACUUGAGCAGCAUUUAUCAUAUGAUGAUGGAAGAUGUCCACUAACUAUUUGUUGUGGCUCCGUGAAAAUGUUUUGAACCUCUGACCUACAUGUUCCCUAAGUGGCUGUCACAGUAAAGUAAAUAAUAUAGUUAUCACAAGCACAAAAGAUCAACAGCAGCUACAGGCACAGAAUAAAUUAAAAAUUUUUCCUGAUUAUUUUAGGAAAUACAAUUAUUUUAAGCAUUUUCCCGGCUAAUAAUCAAUACAUGUCAGUGGUAGUUUUGUGCUUACCAGUACUGCAUAUUUGUGCUUUUUGAAGAUAAAUCUAUGUAGAACAUUCAGUAUGCACUCAGGGAUCAUUCUCUGUGAAUCACAAAUGAGUGAGGUGCUUUCUCCUUGACCAGAUAGUUAACUCCGAAGAGGGUUGGUAGUGAAACGGUGAUUUUUGAUCUUCAGAGAUGAACUUUGCAUCAUAAUGAGUUGUUUUUGAUCUGAGACUGUACCACAACCCAUGAGCAUUUUCAGCUGUGAUUCUCUUUUAGUCAAGAUGUUGGGUGCUGUGCACGAUAUGUGGACAUUUUAUCUCCUUAACUUUGUCUAAAACUACAACUUACAUGGGGAGAGGGCUUCAACGCUAAAGUCAAUAUGACAAUAGCAUGAGUGUAAAAUAAAAGACAUCCACAUGUUUAAUGAGCAAAACAUUAUCUUGCUGGGUGUAAAUUUCUGCUUUACACUUUAUCUUUACAGGAUUUGUGAAUGUGUGAUAAAUCCUAAUAUGUGAUACUGGAUGGAUAAUUUAAACAUCAGUAUGUAGACUUAGUUUUAACUAUAUACAUGGACAGUGUUCUUUAAUGAAACUUUAAUAACCACCAACCUCUGAAUUUACACAAGCACGGGACUUUUUAGAUUGUGUUACAUAAAAUGUAUUUAACAUCACAAAGUUUGACUUGUAUUAGCUGAAAUGUAUAUUAUGUUUUUAUUUUAUCUUUCAAAAGAAUCCUUGUCGCGGCUUUACUGCUUUGCUUUUUGUCUUGAAUGCUGUAAAAACAGUCGCCAGUUUGACUGGAUCUAAUUAUGUAUGUUCUAAAAAUUUGCGUCAGUAUUAUAUUACUGCAGUAGUUCUAUUUGAAAGUUGUUCUUGUGCCUUGCUUAUGUGACUUUAUCAUUAUUUAAGAUUCAUUUUUACUCUAUUUACUCUACACUAUUAUUGUCAGAGUGUCAGUUUUACACAGGAUAUCCCACCUAUUUUAGUCAAUGUUCUCUCUCAAAUAUUGGCUUUACAUUUUAACCUGAUUGUCUUUGAUCUUGACUUUGUUCAUGAACAAAAUUUUUAAAAAAGUGUUCCUCAUGUUGCAUAUAAUAUUUUAGUGUAUCUUUAGCUUUGGGUGUCAAAAUAUGUUUUGUAAAUGGACAAUUAAGUCAUAAUAAAGCUGUCAAGAAAUUGGAAA